UUGCGUUAUCGAUAUGACUAAAUUUAGAAAAUAUGUUGAAGAAUGUAUUGAUAAAAACAUAGAUGAAUUAGAUAUAGUUGACAAAGGAUUGGUAAAUAUUUAUGAUCUACCAGGAUUAUUUAGUUUAAAGCAACUAACCAGAUUAACCAUAAGCCAUAAUAAGAUCGAAUCAAUACCACCUGGAAUUGCAGAAUUGGAAAAUUUGGAAAUUUUAAAUUGUUUCAAUAAUCAAAUAGAGGAAAUUCCAACAACAAUAUCUACAUUGCCUAAACUUCGAAUUCUUAAUUUAGCUUUUAAUAGAUUAUCAAAUUUGCCACGUGGGUUUGGAUCAUGUGCAACUCUGGAAAUCUUAGAUUUGACAUAUAAUAAUUUAACAGAUAAAUCAUUACCUUCCAAUUUUUACAUGCUUUCAACAUUAAGGGCACUAUAUUUGGGUGAUAACGAUUUUGAAAUAAUUUCUCCUGAAAUAGGAAAAUUGAAAAAUCUACAAAUUUUGAAUCUUCGAGAAAAUGAUCUCAUUCUGGUACCCAAGGAACUCAACCAAUUAACUAAAUUGAAAGAAUUAAAUAUUAGUGGUAAUCGUUUAUCUGUUUUACCUCCCGAAUUAAGCGAAAUUGAAUCUUUAGCCAAUAAGCAAAUGCUUAAAAUGGAUAACAACCCUUGGUUGCCCCCUAUUUCCGAUCAAUUGAGAUUGGGAGUUAAUCAUGUCAUCAAUUAUAUCAAAACUCAAACUUAUAAAUUCUUGUACAAUAGACAUCUAUCGACCAUGGAAACUGACAAUUCCAUAAUUCCGAUCAAAGAUAAAUCUAAAAAAUUAAGUAGGCUCAAGAAAUAGAUUAUUUAAUCCAGAAUGGUUGUAUGCUUUAUAUUUAUUUAAUUGCAUCAUAUAAACUAUUAUUUAAUUUAUCUUUAAAAAAAAUUUGUA